CGUGCUUCCGCUUCAGCUCUUCCUGUGUGUAACAGCGCGGAGUCGCAGACCGCAGUCAGCAUGUUAUUCAUCAGUAACAGGGUUAAACUGUGUUCGCUGGCGUUCACCGCCGCGCGCAUGUACGCUACCGGAGCUCAAGCCAACAACAACCCGGUGGUGUUCUUCGACAUCGCGGCGGAUAACGAACCUCUCGGUAGAGUCACCUUCGAAUUGAAUGCGGAUGUUGUGCCCAAAACAGCAGAGAACUUCCGAGCUCUGUGCACCGGUGAGCACGGAUUCGGAUACAAAGGCUCGAUCUUCCACCGAGUGAUCCCACAGUUCAUGUGUCAGGGGGGAGACUUUACGAAUCACAAUGGGACUGGAGGAAAGUCCAUCUACGGUCCAAGGUUUCCAGAUGAGAACUUCAGACUGAAACACACAGGACCAGGUAUCCUGUCGAUGGCUAACGCCGGACCCAACACCAACGGAUCGCAGUUCUUCAUAUGCACCGCCAAAACAGAGUGGCUGGACGGGCGACACGUGGUGUUCGGCAGCGUUAAAGACGGGAUGGAUGUGGUGAGGAAGGUGGAGGCGCUCGGCUCUCGCUCGGGAAGAACCGCGAAGAGAAUCAGCAUUAGUGACUGCGGCGUACUCGAGUAGAGUCCGUGUCGCUUCUACUGUCCUGCUGCUGAUGCAUUCAGAGCCUCGAGCUACACAAUGUGAAACAUAGACACUUUCGGAUUUAAAGAAUACUCUUUAUUUACUGCAAAGCUGUGUGAUGUUCAGAAAUGUCAAUGUUGUACACUUAAAGAUGUUCUUUCCCAUAUACCAGCAAUUCAUAGUGACCAAAAAACAGCAGAAAAGCACAUGUGCAUUAUAUUCAGUUUUCAAAAGUCAUGCAAUUUUAAAGCUGCGGUCACUAUGAAAUGUUUUUGUGCUAAAAAAAUAAUUAAUCUUAUCAUAUCAUCACAUCACGUCUUAGUCACGUCUGACCAGAUCUUUGGUUCUCAUGCAUGAAUUAUGGCCAGUGUGCUAUCACCAGUGUUCAUCACCUGACUUUGAUUAAUAAAGCCGAGAGCAAUAAGA